AUGACAAUUUGUCAUGGAAAACCACCAGUAAGAUGUGGUGGACCAUAUUCACAUGAUCAUCCUUUUCCUUAUGUUGUUUCAUUGAAUAUCGAUGGAUAUAAUAAUAAAUUUUUAGAUAUAACAUCAGCAAGUUGUCUUGUUGGAAAAGUAACAAGACCAUAUAGAAAUUUGGCUGUUAUAACUGGAUUACCAGUUGCAAAUUUUAGACAAGCAUAUUCUGCUGAUGUUAUACUUGUUCCAGAACAAUAUCAGCCGGAAAAUAAAACAUCAUCUCAUGAUUUGGCUCUGAUAAAGCUUGUUUAUCCAAUUAAAUUGGGCUACCAUGCUGAUCAAAUUGUUCCAUCAAAAACUCCACUAUCAAGUGGACUUGCUGCAUUUACACCUGGUUGGACAAAACUUGUUGCACAUUUUGGUGAUAUUAAAACUGAAUUUACACCUGUAUUGUUGAGUACAAUAACAGCUGAAGAGUGCACAGCUUAUACAUCUAGGCCAGUUUCAGUUGAUCAAAUUUGUGGACAAGGAGAAAUUAGAAAUAAAGGUGUUUGUGCUGGUGAUAAUGGCAAUCCACUUGUUCAUAAUAAUCAAUUAAUUGGCAUUGCUUCUGGUAAAGUUGCAUGUGGUACUGGUGAGAGUGAUGUUUUUACUUCAGUUUAUUUUUAUUAUGAUUGGAUUGAUGGAUAUAUCACAGAAAAAAUACCUAUACCAUCUGAAUGA